AUGGCGCUGGCGAAGCUUGAUCCAGCGGCCAUCGCCACCGCAAUCACUGCUAUCGGCGACGACCUCCUCCGCGAGAUCUUCCUCCGCCUCCCCUCCCUCCCGAGCCUCGUCCGCGCCGCCCUCGCCUGCCGCACCUUCCUCCGCGCCGUCCGAACCUCCCCCGACUUCCGCCGCCGCUUCCUGGCUGUCCACCCGCCCCAGAUCCUUGGAUUCUUCGACCACCCUCUCCGACGAAGGGGCAUCCCUGCCUUCGUCCCCUUCCGAAGCUCCUCUGACCCGGACCUCGCCGCCGCCGUCAGCGGCGCCGAUUUCCUCCUCACCCGCCUACCGGAAGACAGCGGCGACCCCGGGUGGGAGAUGAAUUCAACCUGCUGCAGCUACCUCGUCCUCCACAACAAGAAAACCAAGCAGCUGGCCGCCUACAACCCCCUCACGCGGGCGCUGGAUAUCUUCCCCUGCCCGGCCCAGGAGGCCAACUGCCAUCCCCGGUACCUUGCGUGCCACAUCACCGUCUCCGAGGAGGACCCGAGGUCGUUCCGUCUGGUUUGCGUGCGUUGCCGCAGGCGCCGUCGCCGGACGCUUGCUCGAUUCUCCGUCUUCUCAUCGGACAGCAGGGAGUGGCAGAGUUUCCCUUGGGUGGACACGUCCACGCCGCGGCUCUCUUCUUCUUCUUCUUCUUCCUCGUCUUCCACUAAUGACACGCUGACGAAUGGAUGCGUCUACUGGAAACAUAAGAAUCAAGCGUAUGUGGUCGUGCUCAACACCGCGACGUUGCAAAUGUCUCGGAUGGAUUUGCCGCCAAACAUGGAAGAUGACUGCACAGAUUUUCGGCUUGGUCAGACCAAGGAUGGGCAUCUCUGUAUGGCAUACAUAGAUCACCCUGAUGCAAACAUGGAAGUGCUUUCUGUUUGUUGUUGGAGCGCCGAUAGUGAUGGUGUUAGCAGGUUGAUGACGCACAAGGUUUUCCCAAAGAGUACAUUUAUUGAUGCCGCUAUGUGUUCGACAGGGGAUGCUGUCAUGAUGGAGGUUUCGGCGGUCAUCGAUGGAUUUGUGUUCCUGUCUAUUAAUUAUGCUAGGUGGAACGACUGCCUCGUAUCCUUCUGCCUGGAAACAGAGAAUGUAAACAAGCUCAUCGGUCAUACGUACUACUGCCAUAUGCAUCCUUACAUCAUGGCAUGGCCUCCUUCUUUGGUAGGCAACAAGGAGGAUUUAGAAAUCAAAGUUACUGGAGAUAAUGUGGCGGAUGAUGGUCCUGUGGGCACAGAAGGGACUCCCUCUGUUCUUGCGAUGACGUUGCAAUCAUAUAAAGAAGCUUUGAUUAAUGGCGAUGGGGCAAAAGUUUCAGAGAUAGAGGCAUUUCUACUUUCCAUCGAGGAUGAGAAGAAGUCUCUGGUUGCAGAAUUGACUACUGCGAGAGAUUGUAUCUCGAGGAUAAGUGCCGGCACCGAUGGGUACAGGGGAGGGGCAGAAAGAGAGGGGUGA